AUGCAAGCGAGCCCUUCUGCUCAGAGAUCCCCCGCACCGAACGGGAUGGGAAUUUGCGGCGUUUGCAGAGUGAUAUAUCGACAUCCCCCGAUAUUGAAUACACGCCCCCUUUUCCCUUCGUUGCCCCUCCAUCGAAUUCCUGCCGCGCCCCCGACCCGAAUCCCCCUGUCGCACUUCCUUUGCUGCCUUCCUUGUCCCCGACAUCAUUCGACAGCGACGAACCCUCUUGGCCGAAGCGCUUGCUUGAGUGCUUUGCUGUUGGGGAUUUUGUGGGGUGAGCUUUUCUUCGUCUCUUCGGUCUGA